AUGGCGUUCACUGCCAUGCGAUCCUUUGCGCCUGUUCGCUGCUUACGCACCAUGUCUACUCCAGGGCAGGUUCAGUCGCGCAGUGUCUCUUUCUCCUCGUAUCUAGUCACCCCCAAACAGCUCAAUGAAGCUCUCAAGAAGAACCCUCCGACCAAGAUCUCCACAUCACCUCGUGUGAUUCCCCUCUGUGCAGCAUGGUUCAUGCCUAACGAUCCAGAGGGUCGCAAGGGAAUUGACUCGUUCCGCAACUCUCGCAUCCCCCAGGCCCGGUUCUUCGAUCUAGACGCUAUCAAGGACCCUGAUUCACCCUACCCACACAUGCUCCCAACAUGUGAGACGUUUGCCGAAGCCAUGAGCGACCUGGGCAUCCGUCGUGAUGACGAAGUGGUGGUCUACGACACUGCCGAACUGGGUAUCUUUAGUGCGCCCCGCGUGGGCUGGACACUGCGUGUGUUUGGUCACCCCAAUGUACACAUUUUGAACAAUUACCGCCUCUGGGUGAAGGAAGGACUCCCAACCGAAAGCGGGGAGCCUGCUCCUGUGGAAAAGUCCAAGUACUCUGUGCCGACCUACGACUCGAGGCUUGUGAUUUCCUUCCGUGAAAUGAAGGAACUAGCUUUGGACUAUGGCAAAGAGGGAGCUGAGCCAGUGGAAAUCCUGGACGCCCGCUCUUACGGUCGCUGGGCUGGAACCGACCCUGAGCCCCGCGCUGGUCUGUCCUCUGGCCAUCUCCCAGGAUCGAAGAGCAUGCCCUUCCAGCAGCUACUGGACCCUGAGACCAAAACUUACCUCCCUGGUGAAGACCUGCAGAAGGUCUUUGAGGAGAACAAGGUGGAUCCAUCUCAGACGAUCAUCAGCUCUUGCGGUACUGGUGUGACUGCCGCUAUCAUUGAAACUGCGCUGGCCGAGGCGGAAUUCGGUGACCCUCACCUUCGCCGUGUGUAUGAUGGCAGCUGGACUGAAUGGGCGCAGCGAGUCAAGGAAUCGGAUGGUCUCAUCAAGAAGGUGAAAUCAUAG